AUUAUGCAAUCAAACGUUGAGGAUUUUGACCACGAAUGUGGUACCGCCUCUGAAAGCCCAAUAUUGGUCGGGCCUAAUGGAGACCAAGGGACACAUUCGUUUUUUUCCUGGUGGAUCGCAGUUCUUCUGAUUUUCUUUGGCUUAAGUUCGUGGAUUGCCAUUAAUGGCCUAUGGAUGGAACUCCCGCUUCUGGUGAAUGUUUUACCAGAAGGUUGGAAUUUGCCAGCUUACCUUUCUAUCAUUAUUCAGGCAAGUUCUUUCCCUCUUCGUUUUCCUCUCAGUUUGAUCUUUCAUCACAUUUUGCUCCUCUUUUGUAACGCCAAUUUAAAUUACUCAAUUAGUGUGCCUAAUCUUGUUUGCGCAGACUGCACCACCCGUCUUAAUUUCGUCUUUUUCUUGAUCAUACAUUUUGUCCCUCAGCUUGCCAAUAUUGGUCCUCUGAUAUACGUUCUGUUGACCCGAAUUUGUCACAUCUUUGGGCGAGCUCAGAGCCGCAAUUGUUGUACGGGUCUCAUUCAACCGCCGGAGCGCCUGGCCAACUAUGUCAUUCUCUUUGUCGGAUUAAUCGCCUCAAUUUUGCUAAUGUACUUCUGGAAUGCAGUAGUUGUGAUGCCAAGUCUUCCAUCCAAUGCGGUGUAUGGAAAGCCGGUGACCCAAGAGGCCCUUUAUGGACACAGUCUGGGACUCUUUGUGCUGACCUUUGCGUUGGGCACGAUUGAUUGUAUGUCCUCCGUCACCUUCCUCGCUUACCUUGCAAAUAUGCCAGCGGUUUACGCAGGAGCGUUGCUGUUCGGUGAAACUGCAUCCGGUCUUCUACCCAGCCUCUACGCAUUUGGCCAGGGAGCCAUUGCUGAGCCCAUCUGUGUUCGAAAUAUCAGUGAGAACGGAACGACAACGUACUUUCCCGUAUACUCGCCGCCCAACUUCGGAGUAUCUGCCUUCAUGGGUCUGAUAGCGGGUACCACGGGUCUAAGUUUGUUGGCUUUCGGGUUGCUCGACUGUCUGCCUAUGGCCCUCGGCCGCUCAGUCACACAGGCUUAUCGGCGUCACCUCGUUCCUUCAACUGCUCCUAACUUUGAUUCCACGGACCUACCCACGCCAAUUCGUGUGUUCUCCUCUCUUCAAGCUCUUAAUUGUCUAUCAGAGGUGGAGUCAGGUCGAGCUGAUGCAAAUGGCCUCUUCUGGAUCUGUUUCCUCCUGAUGAGUUAUACCAGCUGUCUGACUAAUGGACUUUUACCCUCAUUGCAAUCCUUUUCCACUGCUGCUUACAGCACUCGCACCUUCCAUCUGGCUGUCACGCUAUCCGGUCUUACGGCUCCUCUGGUGGCUCUUGGCGUCACUGCCGUCUACGGUUACGACCAGCUGGGUCUGUGGAUGCGCUCGAUUCUCCGCUGUUUGUGCUGUAAAAAGAACAAGUCUUCUGUGCACAAUCGAGGUUCAUCUGAGGAAGUCAUUAAGCCGUCAAAAAUGGCCUCCAUCAUGGGUAAUCAACUUGCAAUAAUUUUGACCCUCAUUGGUGUGAUUGGAACACUGUUAUCCGGUUACAUUAUCUACUUGGCCAAGGCUUCGCCUUCACCGCCUCCUUUUGGAGGCGCUGGUCCUACUUUUUCGGUUUUGGCUUGGAUUCUGAUGACUGCGGCUUUUGGGAUCCAGAAGACGUGGAUCACCCUAUACUUGGUGAAGCAUGGCACUCAGCAUAAUCUGCGAACUCUAGGAGUCGCCACUCAAGUCGGUUCAGCAGUGGGUGCUCUCAUAAGCUUUCUCAUUACCGCAAAAUUCAAUAUUUUCGUCUCGAAGCCUCCCUGCCAGUAA